GGGCGGACACGUACAGCUACGGCCAGCUCGCACACCAGUUGCGAGACGUACCUCACGGGCACCGGCUGUCGGAGUUCAUAGUGGAGCCCGAGAAGAUGUCUCACAGAGCCCGGAACUGCGAGGCGGACAAGGACUCGGCGGCCCACACCUUGUCCGACGAGUUCCUCGCGGAGGCCUUCAGCCAGCACGAGGCAACGGAGUAA